GCCACCGGCGGGGCACGGGGCCAGAGGCAGCCCCGCACGGCCCCUUCUCCGCCUCCGCAGGAACACCUGCGGGGGGGAAGGAUGCCGGGAGUUGACCGCCCCCCUCCGCGGGAGCGCGGGUUGGCCCCGGAGCCGCCCCAACGACGAGGAGGAGGAAGAGGAGAGGAAGAGAAAGGAGCAGGAGGGAAGUGGGGAAGUUGUGCCUUGCCCGGCCCGCCGAGAGCCGGAGCCAUGAGCCCCGCCGGGGGGGCGCGGGCCGCCCCCUCGCUGCUGCUCUCGCUGCUGCUCGGAGCCUCGGCCCCGCUCUGGCUGCGGGCGGAGACGCUGGGGGAUGGAUGUGGGCACACAGUGAUGUAUCAAGACAGUGGGACACUGGCAUCCAAGAACUAUCCUGGUACAUACCCAAACUACACACUUUGUGAAAAGAAAAUCCAAGUGCCUCCAGGAAAACGCCUGAUCUUGAAAAUUGGAGACCUGGAUAUCGAAUCACAGAAAUGCGAGUCCAGCUACCUUACCAUCCAGAGCUCUUCAACAUUGCACGGGCCGUAUUGUGGUAAUGUGAUGCCUGUCCCCAAAGAAAUCAUUCUGGAUAGCAAUGAGGCAACUAUUCACUUUGAGAGUGGAUCCCAUGUGUCAGGACGAGGUUUUCUGUUGUCCUAUGCCAGUAGUGAUCAUCCAGAUCUAAUCACCUGUUUGGAACGAGCAAAUCACUAUACAAAGGCUGAAUUCAGCAGAUACUGUCCUGCUGGCUGCAGAGACAUAGCAGGUGACAUUUCUGGGAAUAUUGGAGAAGGAUACAGAGAUACCUCGCUGUUGUGCAAAUCUGCGAUACAUGCGGGUGUGAUCACGGACGAGCUGGGUGGGCAGAUCAGCGUCACCCAGCAGAAGGGCAUCAGCCGCUACGAAGGCGCCGUCGCCAAUGGCAUCCCCUCACAAGAUGGUUCACUGUCAGAUAAGCGGUUUACAUUUACUUCAAAUGGCUGCAACAAAUCUCUCAGUCUGGAAGAGGGAUUCCUCUCCAAGAGCCAGGUUACUGCAUCUUCCUACUGGGAGGAGACCAACGAGUUUGGGCAACUAUUCCAGUGGUCUCCUGACAAGGCUUGGCUUCAAGUCCUGGGAUUGGCUUGGGCCUCUAAUCACAGUAGCAAUCGUGAAUGGCUGGAGAUAGACCUGGGAGAGAAGAAGAGAAUAACAGGGAUUAAGACCACUGGUUCUGGAUCCACGAUGCUGAAUUUCAACUUUUACGUGAAGACAUUUACAAUGAACUAUAAAAAUAACAACUCAAAAUGGAGAACUUACAAAGGGAUUCUGAGCAACGAAGAAAAGGUAUUCCAAGGCAACUCCAACUCUGGUGACAUAGUACGCAAUAACUUCAUCCCUCCAAUAGUGGCCCGUUAUGUGCGAAUUAUCCCUCAGACUUGGAACCAAAGAAUAGCAUUGAAGCUUGAGCUGAUGGGGUGUCGAAUAAUGCCAGCUAACAGUUCAUUUACGCAUUCAAUGUGGCAGAAACCAAGUCAGAGCACAGAAACCUCCCUUGGAAAAGAAGACAGGACUGUUACAGAGCCCAUCCCGUCAGAAGAAACAAACUUGGGUUUAAAGCUUACAGCUAUAAUUGUCCCCGUCCUCAUUGUGCUGUGUCUGUUCGUGUUCUCUGGAAUUUGUAUCUGUGCAGCCCUACGCAAGCGAGAAGCCAAAGGACUUUCCUAUGGAUUAUCCAGUACUCAGAAAUCAGGUUGUUGGAAACAAAUCAAGCAGCCCUUCACCAGACAUCAGUCAACUGAAUUUACCAUCAGCUAUAACAAUGAGAAGGAAACACCACAAAAACUGGAUCUGGUCACCAGUGACAUGGCAGAUUAUCAGCAGCCUCUCAUGAUUGGGACUGGGACAGUAACACGUAAAGGAUCUACUUUUCGACCCGUGGACACCAAAGAUGAGGGAAGAAGGGGGAGUUCCGAGUCUGAAAAUCACUAUCGCUGCCCUCACAGAGCUAACCGGCAUGAAUAUGCUCUGCCCCUGACCAGCCAAGAGCCUGAAUACGCCACCCCCAUCAUAGAACGGCACAUAGCAAGAGAAAAUAAUUUCCCUUCUGAAAAUGGCUACAAUGUUCCUGUUGUCUCAUCUCAGAUACACUCCCUCACUGCUGGCAGCUUCUCCAGUUCAUGUAAAACUGACACCAGGAACGGAGACUAUCAGACACCCCAGAGUGUCAUAAACUAUGACAAACCCAAAGUUAAUGGUGUUCUGACCUCUGUGAGCUACAGCACAGACUACCAGAAACCUCAGCAAAAUGCCCUUGGGAAUGAGGGUUACUCAACACCCAGAGACUGCCUAAAACCCAUAAGUCAGACAGCAAUGACAGCUCUCUUGUGAUUUGCUGAGCAGGAGAGGUGUGGUGCACAGGAACAUCACUGCACAGCUUUCUGAAGCGAAAACAGAGUUUGGAGGGACUCUGCUGUGGGAGGCAGAAGGCAAACAAGCCCUGUGUACAUAAUAUUGCUGUCUUGCUGGGUUCUGACAUCUGAAGAAAGCAUAUGCUGUUUAUCACUGUUUGUAGCAAGAGAGAUGUUAUCAGUGAAGACUGUACAUCUUAUUUUCUGUAACUGAUCUCAGUGCUCCAUUUGCAAUGUGUGCAAUUUGUACAUAGCUUUUAUUUAAGGAGAAUUUCUUAAGUUUCCUUUUCACCUGGGGGUUUGAAAGGAUUGCAGAAAGGCCUGUUUAAGAAAAAACAGGCCUCCUUUUCUCUCUUUAUUUUACCUGCUGCUGUACUGGCAGCUGUAAAUGGUGUAUCUUAUGGUUGUGGUGAUUCAUCUCCUUUCCUAUGAAAACUGAAGAUAGGGCAUCACUGUAGUUCUUUCUGGGAGGGUAGAAGUUAAACUACUUGAAGCAUAAUGUGCACAAGAGAAGGCAGCUGAGCAUUUAAAUACUGUGCUCAAACCCAACUUCCCAGCUGCUUUUUUAGCAGCAAUUCUCACAUGCUUUAAUUUGAUCUAGCAUAUGAGCUGAGCCAUCUAACUUGCAAUUCAUGUUUAGAAAUAAGUAGAAAGGCUGAUACUGAUUUUGGGUUCAAGCCAUAGUGAUCACUCUACAACAGAAAAAAAAACAAAAAC